CGGAGCGCGGGCCGCCGAGGCUUCGGCGGAGGCUAUCGCCCCGCGCGCCCCCGAGGGGCGGCCCGACUGGAGGAGGCCGCCGCGGGCCCGGCCUCAGGAUGAACCGCGGCCACCGGCACGGGGCGGGCAGCGGCUGCCUGGGCACCAUGGAGGUGAAGAGCAAGUUUGGAGCUGAAUUUCGUCGGUUUUCACUGGAAAGAUCAAAACCUGGAAAGUUUGAGGAGUUUUAUGGAUUACUGCAACAUGUUCAUAAAAUACCCAAUGUUGACGUUUUAGUAGGCUAUGCAGACAUCCACGGCGAUUUACUACCUAUAAAUAAUGACGACAAUUAUCACAAAGCCGUUUCAACGGCCAACCCACUGCUGAGGAUCUUUAUACAGAAAAAGGAAGAGGCAGACUACAGUGCGUUUGGUACAGACACCCUCAUCAAGAAGAAGAAUGUUCUCACCAACGUGUUGCGGCCCGACAACCACAGAAAAAAGCCGCACAUAGUCAUUAGCCUGCCCCAGGACUUCCGGCCUGUGUCUUCCAUCAUCGACGUGGACAUUCUCCCGGAAACACACCGCCGGGUGCGUCUCUACAAGUACGGCACAGAGAAACCGCUGGGCUUCUACAUCCGGGACGGGGCCAGCGUCCGGGUGACCCCGCAUGGCCUGGAGAAGGUCCCGGGCAUCUUCAUCUCCAGACUCGUGCCGGGGGGCCUGGCUCAGAGCACGGGGCUGCUGGCUGUCAACGACGAAGUCCUGGAGGUGAACGGCAUUGAAGUAUCCGGGAAGAGCCUUGACCAGGUCACCGACAUGAUGAUCGCCAACAGCCGCAACCUCAUCAUCACGGUGCGGCCGGCCAACCAGAGGAACAACGUCGUCCGGAAUAGUCGGACUUCGGGCAGCUCCGGCCAGUCGACCGACAACAGCCUCCCCAGCUGCGCGCCGCCACCGGAGCCCAGCCUGGAGCCGGGGGAGGAGGACAGCGACGACGACGACAUCGUCAUCGAGGACAGCGGGGAGCCGCGGCAGAUCCCCAGGGCCGCGCCCAGCGCCGAGAGCCUCGAGUCGCUCACGCAGGUAGAACUCAGUUUCGAGUCUGGGCAGAACGGUUUCAUCCCUGCUAACGAGGUGAGCUUACCACCGGUAGCAAGUGGCGCCCGCACCGAGUUCGAAACGAGUGCUCCAGACCAGAAACUCUUAGAGGAAGAUGGAACAGUCAUCACACUCUGAGACCCUCACGGCUUGAAUGUCUUCUGAGCAAGGAUGCCACGGAGACUCUGUAAAUUUGGCUAGUUGCAAGCAUUAUAUACCUCUGAACAAGUGAUCUGGGAUAGGCAUGAAAAAUAUAUAUAUAUAUAUAUCUCGCAAGCUUAAAAAUGUUAUUGAAAUAGUAGUUUGAUAAUUCAUAUAAACUUUGGUGGGUUAGAGGUAAAUUCAAGUCUAAAACAGAGGGGCCUUUGCUACUGAAAUGAUGUGCUUUUGCUAUUUUGUCUAUAGAGAACUGGAUGUUAGAGCACAUUUCCCCAGAACUAAACACCCUAAGGACUAGAUCAUUUCCGUUUGAAGUGGUUGCAUAUUAACCUGCUGUGCAGAGCCUGGUUAAUUUUUCCCUUAACUAUAUUUUUUAAUUUCUAAUGUGAAGAAGUCUUAUCUAUUUGGUACUUUGGGGACCUCGGCUCCUAUAUGCCCCGUAUUUUAUUUUGACUUUUUAGAUGUUCCUCUGUUGCUAAUUUUAACAGUUUUUCCCAAUGCUCCCCCACCCCCCACCCCCGCCUCUCAAUUUCUAAGAAAUCAAACCAACUGACUUGUUUUUUAGUGGCAGCUUCAAGUUAUAAAUCAUUGAAGCAAUGUUCCUGAAUUAAGAAACUCUUAACAGUCGUUCAGAUCCGCGUUUGUCCCUCCUGUAACUUCCACAUUUACAAACUCAUUCCAUUCAGGCAUCCCUUAAAUGCUGUGAAAGGCAGUUCCAUCGCCUCUGCUGAUGUGGGAGACUCUCUCCCAUAAUGUCUUCUUGUCCUCAUUCCGAAUCUCAUUGGAAAUCAUUCCUUUCUUUGUGUAUUUUGUUGGUCUGCCUUUAUACCCUUUUAAUGUGUUUGAGUAGUGUGAAUUAUUUUCAUUUAAAAAAAAAAACAAACUAAGAGAUUUUUAUACACAGGACAGCCUUGUGCACUUUUUAUAUGGAAGUUUUGGGUUUUUCUUAGUGGGGAUUGUAGGAACACUGCCUACACUUUAUGGAAAGUAUGUAGUAUUCACCUUUGACAGGUAGAGUGUAUCUCGAUUAAUGUUAAGAGGCUAUUUAUUACUUUCUGAUGCAUCCACUUAGAACAAGGUAAGAGUAAGGCUGCUAACUUUUCGUUCCUUGCCUGGCUUCGUUGUAUGAGGUGCACCGGCGCUAUGGUAGCUUGUAUAUAAAGACUGAGAACAGUGUGAACAACAUGAAUUCCCUGUGGCUUACUGAUGUUGCUCUCAGAGUUAUUUAUUGAUUAAUUUUAUGGUAGGGCUAGAAUGGAUACCUUUUAACAAUUGUGUGCUAUUAAAACAAUGAAGAAUGGAAUGACUCCGUUUUGAAGGAUAUUUUCUCUAUAUGGUAAAAGUAUAUGAAGUAAAGUUGAUUAAAUGAAGAUCACUUGACUCAGAAUACUUCAUCGUAUUUUGUUCACAUUGUACCACUAAACAUAUUAUCACUAAACUAUUAACUGCACAAUGUUAUGUAACAGUAUACUUUUUGUUGAAUUCAUAGAAAUUCUUCCACUUAUUUAACCACUAUUUUUUAAUGGCAUUCCAGGUUUAACAUUCUGUUGAGUUUUACAAAUUUAACUCUUGAAUGGCAAAAUUUAGUAAGUAGAAGGUUACAUUUCAUUUAUAUUACAAGUGGUGCAGGGGUUCAACAUUUUGAGUAAAAAUACUUUCACAUACUACCUCUCUUUCUCUCUCUCUCUCUCUCUGUUUUUUUUUUAAACAAAGUUUUAACAUCAGAACUGUUCUCUUAGGGGAAGAAAUACUUCAGGGCUUGACUUUUUGAACAACUUUUAACUGUAAAAAUAUAGAUCUGUCUUGUAUGUAUUCAUGAAAAUGGAAAUCAAAGCUGCUAGUGCUUUUUAUUUUAAUUUUCCCGCUAAAAGUAUAUGUCAGUGGUCUUUUCAACUGGAUCUCUCAUUUAAAUUAUUGGUGAAAUAACUGAUUACUAGACAUACUGUAAAACCAAUAGAUCUGGGUUAUACAGUAAAAUGUCGAUUCAUUGGUAGCCUGAAUUGUUUCAAGUGUACCUUAUUAACAAAAAUAUCAGUGGAUUCACCUUAAAAUUUUAUAGUACUAAAUGUCAAGCUAACUGUGAAUUUUGUUCUGUAUCUUAAGUAAGUUUAUGAUAAUGUCCUCAUGAGCUAUCAACAAAAUAUAUGUACUUUUGUGAACUAUGAAUUUUCUAAUUAAAUUUUACAUGCAACAUGA